AUGGCAGGACGUCUUGAACUGCAACAUUGCUCACCGUUCACGUGGAAGUCUCGAUGCGCUCCUCGUGUGGGGAAUGCUGUGGCAAGCUCUUGGCAAGACAGGGCAGCUACGCACAGGAAGGCUUGUCCCAUCCUACAGGGGCAGCGGCCGCCGAAACCACACAGGAUCGAGUAUUCCCCUCCUGCGCCCAAAGAGGUGGUGUAUGAGCAGCUGUACGACCCAUCCUUGGCUGCGGAGCCACUUGAUCUGCUCUGCUCGGACGGUGAUGAGGAUGAUGGGGACUGCCAAGGUGUUCUUUCUCGGGUUGAGCUGUCUAGAUACAUUGCCCGCAAAAAUGCGGGCUUGGCCGCUCUUGCCGAGACAUCACGCCAGCAAAGACUUAAGUUUGCGCUGGGUGACGGUGAUUGGCAGGGUGAAGUGCCUGGCGGGCAUGCAGGGCAUGACCAUCCACUUCCUGGGCUGGAGGAUGCCGCGGCCUGGAGCCUUGUUCUGGAGGCGGUAGCCUUUGAGCGAAAGCAUCUGAAACGAGGUUCCUCGAACAACUGGCCGGAUGCUUUCUGGUCACCAGCUUGCCUAUGUCGCUUGAGGCCAGAUGCGCUUGCUCAACUGGAUGCGGAGUUGGCGUCUCUUCUACCCCAGCUCGAUGCGUCGGAAGGCGAUGGUGACGACAGCAGCUUUCGGGCCCUGCCCGCUUCAGUCUUCAUGCGGCAACUUCUUUCAGAUGUUCGUUUAGCACGUGGCAACUUGCACGGUGCCGCUGCUGCUCUGGCGAUCUCAAAGUCAGCAGAGCCAGAGUCGGCUGAUCCUUUGUGCCCGCUCCUCCUCAUUGCCUGGGAAGAUGCCUUGGACUGUGACUUCUUGAAAGCCCACCACUGUUUCCGCCUCGGCCGGCUAGCCGUGCGUGCGGCUAAAGCAGAGCUUCUUGCAGCAGAGGCGUUGAGAUGCAAUGCGUCUCCCAGCAAGAUACAGCUUCGAAGAGCGGCUGGUCGCGAGGUUGCGGCCGCCAAUGCAGCCGUGUCCGUCCGACGCCGUGAGCAAACUCUUCGCUCAGCCGACCUUCGCUUUGCCAGCCCUGAGAACGAGAUCCAGUUUCGCCACGAGUUGGUGAAGGGGUCAUUUCACCUGACGGCAGCAGCAGGUCUAACACAGGUGGCGCUGCAGCUGGCUAUCACUGCUACUCGCAUGUCUCAGGAGAUGCCUUGGACUUCGGGUCUGUCAGUGCCGGAUCUGAUCUUCCUUCUGAUGCAGGCAAGCGCUGCUGGGCUAAUGGUGCUUGCCUCCCUGGGCAGUCUCGUGAAAAGUGAGACGUGCCGCAGCUUCUCAGAGGCAUUGUGGACCUGUACAAUCUGUGCCAACACUGUCGCCGGUGUUCUCCACGGACGAUGGUGGCGACUGUGGGUUGAAGGGAGGGAGCUCGACUGCGUGGCUGGAGACACGUCGGAAGUCUCAGCGGUUCUUCUAAGCGUUGCCUUCGUUGCCAUUGCUUGCCAUGCCCUACCACUUCGGUGUUGCUUCCUUUUCCCCCUGGUGCUCUUGGCUGGCCUGGCAUGCUGCCUUCAGGCAGUUCUGGGUCUCCUGAGUGCCGGUCAAGGCCAGUCAGGUGUUCAGCUCCUGAAUGCAGCUCUCUUGCUGUUCUUGCUGGCUUCCUCGUACUGUACCGCACACCGAAGAGAGCGAGAUAUUCGCAAGGGCUGGCUCCACGGCUGCUCACAGGAGCCGUGA